UGUCAACUGAUUCUGAUACAAACAGUGGCACCAGAGUUCAGAUUUGUUUGACGGCGGCAUGUCAAAACCUCUCCGAAAUGUACACAUUGUGUUUUGGACGAUUUUCAUUGUACUACCUAUACUGUUUAUAUUUAGCAGGUCCGUUUUUUUGUUGUAUACGCCAACGCGCUACGCAACAAGAUUGCACACGAAGUCACCGGAAACUCCCAAUAUAAUGUUACAUAUGCCACAGGCUACCACUAGAUCGGAGUCUGAUAUCAUGAUAGUCGGGUAUAUCCGCGGAGGGUCGACUUUCCUAGGAGAACUGAUGGGGGUUCGUAAGGGGAGUUUUUAUCUCUACGAACCCCUGUUUAGCCUCAGUAAACUUGGUUACUUCAAACCGGGGUACCAUUGUAAUACUAUGGACACCUACUGCACUCAAGCAAAAAGAAUCGAUAUGCAUGCUCUCGGUGUUCUUAAAUCCAUCUACAGCUGUGAUUUUCGACUGUUGGAGGACACAAUAUCACUUUGGAGUUUCGCCAAGGGACGUGGAGACUUCAAUUGGACUAAGUCACUGAAAGACUGUAACGGGCGGCUGCAAUAUUGCUUCGACAAGCAAAUACGCCGCUGUGAAAACGCUACAUCAAGAGUUACCAAGGUCGUGAGAGUUACGGUAGGAUUGGUCGGCAGAAUGCUUGAAAAAUAUCCUAAUCUAAAAAUUGUGCAUCUAAUGAGGGAUCCACGAGCUGUGUUACAUUCCAGGAUGGAAAUAUGGCCAUCUAAUACCAAGAAUACGCUAGAGACAGCCCGCAGUCUGUGUCGGAAAAUGAAGGAGGAUUACAUGGAUUCGAAGCAAUUGUUGAUUCACCACCCUAACAGAGUUCGCACCGUGUUUUAUGAGGAUUUGGCAAUUGAACCGAUUAAGGUCACGAAAGAGCUAUAUAAAUUUGCAAAUUAUGAUUUUACUUAUGAAGAUGAAAGGAGAAUAAGAAACAUGACCGGGUCUUAUUCAAUCGAAACAAAGGCAAAUCGAAAAUGGGGUUUAUUCAAGCAAAACUCGAGUGAAACUGCCCGAAAAUGGCGAUUGACUAUUCCUCCUUCCGUUGCCCUUCUGACCGGUUUGGGAUGUUCUGAGAUUUAUGAUCUGGCUAGAUACCCAGAGCUGAAGGACAAGACAGACCUAAGAAACACAAGUAUACCACUCAGACUCCCAAUGAACCCAAAAUCUCUCCUCAGUGACUAUCUGACACAUAACGGUCAUGUUUGAAUAUAACAAUGUUAUAUUUCCCUCGAUUAUUAUUGUUAUUUGGACAUGCAUUUCUUGAUGUAUGCGUAGCACUUAAUGGAAAAAAAGUGAUUAAGAAAAAUGUGGAAACAAUUUACUUCGGCACUUCGUUUAAAAAAAAAAAAGAGUAAAAAGGGUUAUCAGGAAAGUCACUUUCUCAUUUCGAAUAAUCAAACUGGUGCAAGAAAACAAAAUUCAUGUUAGAUCAAAUAUGAAUAAUGUGUUAUAAAAUGUAUAUAUAACAAAAUUGUCAACACAAAAGAACGAAAUUUACAACUUCAAAACCCGAGAACAAAAUAUACCACAGCAUUAACACACAAAAAAUAUAUACCACAGCGUCAAAACAAAAUAUACCACAACGUCA